GAAGGCAGGGAUCUAGUUAUAUAGCGGACAAGCCAACAGAUUAUAAACCACGAUGAUUUGGUGCGUAACGGCGCGUGUAUCUGCUCGUACACAACCGGAACACGGACGGACCGUGGUGUUGCUGUGAUACUACCAAUAGGCGGGACUGUGGCUCCGCAGUGUGACUUAUGAACCGCACAGCUGGAGCGCGAGCAGAGGGGUUGGCACGCGUUCCAGCUGCGAACAGAUGACUGAGCUGCACAUCGGCACACACCCACAACUUGCUUCCGAGGAGUGCGUGAGGACAAGACUUUAGAGGUUGUUUUGACAAUAAAUAAAAAGACCCGCAUGGUCCGCACAGAGAGCCAGCACCAACUCAGAGGAAGGAAAAUCCUCUGAUGAGUUUUUGUGGAUUCCGAUUACCCCUGAACCCUGUUAGAGGAAGACUCUGGAACCAGUUGGUGAGUUCGGCGGUGCCAGUGAUGUAACGGUUUUAAAUCUCAGAGCUCAACCAUUCAUCACUGCAGCCUCUCCUCCUCUUUGAGCAUGGGACCCUUCAAAGUCUGAAGUGAACAUCACAGCAGCCAAACCACACAAAGGAAAACAAGGGAAAAGCAGAGAGAGAGGACAGGGACGAUGGAGUCCAUAUUGUCUGAGCAAUCUGCCACGGUGGACGAACUGGUGGAAGCGUGCAUCCAAGCCUUUGACGAGAAGGGCAAUUUGAAGGAUGUUUCCUUGGUCCGGAUGUUCCUCAUGAUGCACCCUUGGUACAUCCCUUCGGCGGACAUGGCUAAGAAGCUUGUGCUCAAAUCUCAAGACGAGAGCUGCACUGGCGAGUGCCAGACAAGAAUAUGCCACCUUGUCAAGUACUGGAUCUCUGAGUUUCCCGCAGAGUUCAAUCUGAACCCGGAGCUUGCAGACCAGAUCAAAGACUAUAAAGACCUCCUGACCACUGAGGGCAAUGAAAGCCAGAGUCAGCUCAUUGACCUGGACAGUGUGCCAUCAUAUAAAUGGAAACGGCAGGUGACUCAGCGUGUCCCAUCUGUGUCCAAGAAAAGGAAAAUGUCCCUGCUGUUUGACCACCUCGACUCCUGUGAACUGGCUGAACACCUGACCUACUUGGAGUACAAAUCCUUCUGCAAGAUCCUGUUUCAGGACUACCACAGCUUUGUGAUGCACGGCUGCACGGUGGAUAACCCCAUCCUGGAGCGCUUCAUCACGCUCUUUAACAGCGUCUCCCAGUGGAUCCAGCUUAUGGUGCUCAGCAAGCCCACUGCCCCACAGAGAGCUGCUGUCAUCGCCCAUUUCAUCAGAGUGGCACAGAAGCUGCUGCAGUUGCAGAACUUCAACACUCUGAUGGCGGUGGUGGGCGGCCUCAGCAACAGCUCAAUCUCUCGUCUGAAAGACACACAGACUCACAUCAGUGCAGAGACCAACAAGGUUUUUAACAACUUAAUCGAGCUGGUGACCUCAUGUGGAAAUUACAGCCACUACCGUAAGCGUUUCUCUGAGUGCUCGGGAUUCAGAUUCCCCAUACUCGGUGUUCACCUAAAAGACCUGAUCGCCGUGCACGUGGCGCUGCCGGACUGGGCUGACAAAGAGAAAACUCGGGUCAACCUGGCAAAAACCCAGCAGCUGUACGCCAUCCUCCAGGAGCUGGCGCUCAUCCAGACCACGCCGCCCAACAUCGAUGCGAACACAGACCUGCUCAACUUGCUCACGGUUUCUUUGGACCAGUACCACACAGAGGAGGAGAUUUAUCAGAUGUCUCUACAAAGGGAACCUCGCAAGCCAGCACAGAACUCUAGCCCCUCCCCUGCACCUGAACCCAAGCCCUCUAUGAUUGAUGAGUGGGCUGUGUCGGUGAAGCCCAACGCCGACCCGACGAUCAUCAAGAAACACAUAGAGAAGAUGGUGGAGUCAGUCUUCAAGAACUUUGACACAGACGGCGAUGGCCACAUCUCCAGGGAUGAAUUCGAAGCAAUCAGGAACAACUUCCCUUACCUCAGCAAGUUUGGAGAACUGGACAAGAACCAAGAUGGGAAGAUCAGCAGGGAGGAGAUGAUAGACUACUUUAUGAAAGCUAGCUCUCUACUAAACUGUAAGAUGGGUUUCAUCCACACUUUUACAGAGACCACCUACGUGAAGCCCACAUUCUGCGAGCACUGCGCAGGCUUUAUAUGGGGCUUUUACAAGCAAGGCUACAAGUGUAAAGCCUGCGGGGUGAACUGCCACAAGGCCUGCCGAAGCCGACUGGCUGUCGAGUGCAGGAAGAGAACGAAGAGCAUCAGCCACGAGACACCACCAGCCCUCCAGGCCAGGUCCUACAGCUUCCCCCCACCUGCUAACACACCUCCCAGCCUGCAGAAUACAGUAAUUGCUGAAGAGGAUCUAGAGACAGUGGAGGAAGGAGUAUUUGAUGUCCAUCUAUAACCAGGAGCCUUUAACCGAGGAGUGGUUUGGAUGAAGAGGCCAGUGACAUUCCUCAGCUCUUUAUUGUAUAACCCCCCACCCCACCCACCCAAUCUCUGCGGUCGGUGAGGAAGAAGCCAAUUCAACAACAGUUGGGAGCCAGCCAGAGAAUGUGCUACAGUGUGUUGGUUUUAAAACCCCUGGCAGAGGGGAGAAGUUGCACUGAAAACAUGCCAGGAAACCCACAUGCUGCCACACAGUGGACUCACUCUGCAACAGCAUCCUCUCCGCCUGUGUAUGUGCAUCUUGAUUCUAUGUCAGCCAACAGUGUUAUUGUAUAAUCUUACUGUAUUUAAAACAAAAAGAAAAAAAUCCACAAAAUUGUAUUUUCUUAGUGGGAAGUCUGUGUACCCUGCAGCAGAUAGGAAUGACUAUGUCUGUUUUUUCUUUCUUAAGACAUAAAAGAGGUGCUGUUACUGCCAAGAAUGUAAAGCUGCCACCCAGACUAAGCUAUUAUCCCCUUUAUCUGAGAUGCUCUGCCUUUUUUUUUCCUCUUUUUGCUUGUCAUAUAGUUUGGAAUACACUUCUGUGGACUGAUGAGAACCAAUUUAGAUGUCCGGUGAAAUAUUGAUUUGUGGUGACCUUUGUCUACAAGAGAUAGCUAUAAUUAGACGGAAUAUUGAACAAUUAUAUAUUUUUGUCACAUUUACCUGAGUAUCAGUAGCCGUCUAGUUGACACUGUGUUGUUUUCUGUAUGCAGUACUGUGAAUGAAGCUAAAACAGUGAAAUUCUGCUGUCAGAUGAAGGAGACUUCUCUCCUGACAGGAGAGAGAGGGAUUUCUCUUUUUUUGUCUUCUACUGUCAACCGAAGAGAAAAAGAAGGAAACAGAAACUGAAGUCGCUUAAUGAGGCUUCUCAUUUGACAGCAGCUUAUAAAAACAUAUUCCUUAGAAUCUGUUUUAAUGCAAGUUGUGUUUUGCUAUUUUAAUCCUGCAUGCUACCUCCAAACAUCUGUCGCUUAUGGUUUUUAUCAGUUGUAAUGCAGCGCAGCAAAUUCUCAUGUAUUUUGGAGCCAUUACGGAGGAGAAGCUCCUGUUUCUUUGUGACUGUGGAGAGAUGAAUUCAGACUUUGAGCGGCAGGUUGCUAACUGCUGCUUUGUCAUUAAAUGAGACUCCUAACACAAAACAGGUAUUUAAAAAAUGCAGGUCCCUUCUUCUGUCUCUUCUUGCCUAACAAAGUAUACUUCUUGUUUUUCUGAAAUCGUUUUGUGCUGUUUCUUGUGCUUCCCAUAUGAGUCAUCAGUAUCAAAUGCAGCAGGCAUCUUUCAAAUGUGUUGCUGUUAAACAUGCCUGUGACUAAUGACAAUAAUACUGGAAAAAAAUGACGUGUUUGUGUUGUAUUCAGUCUUUUGCUAAGCUCUUUUACUUGACCUCGCUGGAUUAAGGAAAGAUGCUAGAAAUUCAGUAGGAGCACGCUUCAGUGGGAAUCUGACAACACUUAGACUGAGCUGUGGAUCUGCAGCACUGAAACUACAGAUGUUCAAUAAAUAUUUUACAAAAA